GCAAAUUCCACCCUCUCUUCCUUUCUAAUACAAUUUUCUCAUUUCAAAACCGUCUUUUUCCUCCCUAUCUCCCUCCGCUCCUCAUACUCUCAUGGAGGAGCGGGCCUCACCGCCGCCACCACCUCCUCCACAAUAUUAUGAUUCUAAACCCCAAUUACCUGACAUUGGCCAUGGCACCUAUGUUGUCCAAGUCCCUAAGGACCAAAUCUACCGCAUUCCACCACCCGAAAAUGCUCGUAUUGCCGAGCUUCAUCGAAAACCUCCCACUAAGGAGACAAAUCGGACACGUUGUUGUUGUAUUGUAUUCAUCAUCAUCUUCCUCGCUAUUGUCAUUUUGAUUGGAGGUGUUUUAGGUGGCCUUUUUUCCAUGGUACUUACACCAACGGAUCCAAAGUUUUCAAUCCAACACUUUCUCUUACAAAGCAAACCCCGUUCACAAUACAAAAUCACAAUAGAAGCCCAAAAUCCUAAUUCAAAUGUGGACAUUUUAUAUACAGAAGGAGGAGAUGUUUCACUCUCUUUAAAAAAUAAAAAAAUUGCUUCAGGUGAUUAUCCAUCAUUCUCUCAAGCCAAUCUAAAUUCAACAAAUUUUGACGUAACUUUAAAAAGCUCAACAACAAAAUUGCCUAAGGAAGUUGAAGAAAGCAAGAAAAAUGAUAAGAAGAAAGUGCGUGUUACAUUUUCUUUAUCAAUUAAUGUCCAAGCUCAAAUGAAAUUGAGCUUGCUUCAUAGCGGGUCAAUGACAUACAAGGUUACUUGUCGUGUAACUGUUAAUUCAUUGGCCAAAACUACAAAAGUAGUUUCUCAAGAAUGUGAAACUAAAAAACAGUAGUUGUUGUAGAAAAUUAAUGUAGCUUCCUCGUCAUCUUCUUGAUGAAUUGAGAUUCAGGUGUUGUAAAUUUUGAAACUUUUCUUCUUUCUCGUAAUGAUUCGGUUAAUCUUGCUUGAUACGUCAUAUAUUUUUUUUCAAUGAUGGUAAAUGUUUAUAGACAGACAACUAUUUAUGUUUU